CACCUUCUUCAUCAACUAUUCCUAGCCGUGUCACUGUACCAUUUGUAAGAAAGACGGACCAGGGCAACAUUGAUUCAUCUUUACUCUUAAGCCCGCAGAAUGCUCCGUUCAAAAGUCCAAGUGAUUUCUAUUCAUACAUUCACCGACGUCAUCCCGGGAUGGAAAGGACAUAUUUUAUUGAUUACAUUAAGAACCACAAUGCAAGUAUGAUGAGGGAUAUUUCAGAGAUGCGCUCAUCUAUUAUGAGACGCAAUGCACAUUUGGUUGAUUGGUUGGUGGAUAAUAUUGGUCCACUUAAGAUGCAAUUGAUACAUAAGAAGCCAGUUGUAUCAGGUUGCAGCACUCCCAUUGCUCCAUCAAGCAUAACGCCGUCAGACAGAGGCCAUGAUGUUUCUAUGCAUACCAAAUCUACUUACAUGCCCACCAAGAGAUCUGUUUGCUCAUCGGAGGUUACACCAGCCAAAAAGUUGAAAAGUUCUAUAGGUGCAGAUUUUGGUGUUGAGCCUCCAUCAUUUGAUCUUGGCAUUGAUGGCUCGAUAGCCGUUGGGGUUGAAGUAACCCCGCAGCACAGAAUUAUUUCUAUCGAACCUUUCAAAUCUCCAAUGCGAAGUGUGUCAAGAGGUGUUGCUCCUGCACGGCCAUCCUGUGGGUUAGCGGAAGUAUCACCUGCAGAUUCAAGUAGACACUUAGCACAAAGUGUUGUGCUUGACAUAAUUCAUGUCACUGAGGAAGGAAUUGAUCCCAAUGGUAAGGUUCUAUACGGCCAAUGGAUAAAUCAGCCGUUUCAGAAAUGUGUUGCCCCAGGCGCCCCUGUACCUUGUGUGCCUUGGGCUCCUGAACUUCUUCAUCUUAAACAUGACCCGACCGCAGUCAAUGACCUCAUAAAUUGCUGCAACGAUCUGUCUGAAGCGGCUGUUAGACGUGAAUGGUUGGUUCAUCCGUUGCCACGGUAUUUGGUCCUCAGUGGGUCAGAACUUAUAAAUACUUUUGUCCAAGGUCAGGAUGCUGAUUCGGACAUUAUCGAUGCUGCGCUCCGGCGUUUCUGUCAGCUAGAUGCUUUUGUAAAAUGUCCCGGCCCAACUGGGCGGUGGCGCCACUUCAUCGAAUCUGAUUUCGCGAUGAACUGCCUCGCCGGUUACAAUCCUGAACGUAUCUUGUCUGUGUUAAAUCAAUUUACUAAGGUCGACUACUGCGUUCCAAGCUGUCAGAUGAUCAUAGUACCUGUACUGGUUGAUCAUAUAUGGUGCGCUUAUAUGUUUGACUCACAUGGCUGCACCGUCCAUGUGCUUGAUCCUGCGCAUGCGGAAAGUCGUCACCAGUCACACAUGGAGAUCUUUAAAAUAUUGCAUGAUUCACUGUCAAGAUGUUUGGAACAUUUCUUCAAAGGAUGGUCUCUCAAGCCAUUUGAUUCCUGGUACCUGAACUAUCCUAGUCUCGGACCUGUCGUCUCAAACCCGGAUGAUUCUGGCAUUGUCAUGUUACAUUAUGCUCGGAAUUUCAAUGGCGGUCAAUUGAAUGAACAAGUGACAAAGGAUAACAUCUUAAGUAUUAGGCUUUCUAUGUUUGCUGACAUACUGAUGUUGGAUGGCAAUGAGGCCAAGCUCCCUGCCCCCGUCUUGAGCUUCUUCCCUAAGUGAACCGGUCGCCUCGUAUAUUUUGGUUACGCUUUCAAGUGGAGCUGUCCGUGCCGCAUAUUUUGGGCUAUAGUUGACGUUUGGGUUGUGAUCCGGUCGUGAAGAAAGUUCAUCUCCUAAUUCAUUCUGUAACUGGUGGUGGUGUAAGUAACAUGAUGGUGUUUGUUGAUGAUUAACUGUGUUUGCGCCUUCUACGCAAUGGAAACUGUAUCUGGUAAUAUAUGGGCCAGUUUUAGUUUUA